UUUUGCGACAGGCCGUGUUUCGUCCGGUGGCAGAAGCAGCGGUGUUCGGCAGAUGGAUGCGGUGUUCAAAUUUGUAUUUGCAAUCCCCUGGGAUCGAACCCACAACCUUGCGUUGUUAACGCAAUGCUCUUACCACUGAGCUACAGGAAAGCUGGAAAGUUGUUCCAUAGUGCACCCUUACAACUACUAUUAUGAUUCUUUUAUUCUUUCUUAAUGAUGUUGUCUUCCUCAGAGCUUCAACACUUUAAAGAUGCUCACUGGGUGAGGACCAGCCACAGAUCAUCGGGUUAAACGGCACAUGCACCUGUUAUGCAACAUGCAGCCCUGCAGUUACUGGAGGAGUCCUGUGACCGGGCCUUCCUGAACCUAGGGCUUUGCCAAGCCCACCGAUGCCCGUCAUCCCAAUUCCACGGAGGGUUCGUUCCUUCCAUGGCCCUCACACCACCUGCAUGCACUCCGCCUGUGGGCCGGCGCGCACCGCCCAGCUCGUACGCACCAAGUACAACAACUUUGACCUCUACCUGAAGUCGCGAUGGAUGUAUAGUUUCGUCCGCUUCCUUCUUUAUUUCGGCUGCAGCCUUUUCACUUCCCUUCUCUGGGCAGCACUGUCGGUCCUCUUCUGUCUGCAGUACGUCAGCGUGCGGAUUUUCCUCCGUCUCCAGUACAAACUGUCUGUCAUUCUCAUGCUUUUGGGUCACCGCCGGCUGGACUUUGGCAUCCUCAACGACCUCUUCAUAUACAGCAUGCACAUCACCAUGUUUCUGAUUGGAGGGCUGGGAUGGUGUUUCAUGGUGUUUGUAGAUAUGUAAGAACACACUACAAGUGUUUGUAUUAAACACAUCUAGAUUUGCUGUUUGACCACACAGCCUUGUACAGAUGGUAUGACACUCCCCGUUUCCAUGAUCUUACCUCUUUACCAAUUUGCCAGAAGUAAUCUGUUGUUAGUGUGCAUGUGUUGUUUCUUUUAAAGAGUGAAAUGUGUUUACUAAUGCUGUGCAUAGGGCGAUAUGAUUUUCUUUAUAUUGUCAUGUUUCAAAAAAAUUGUAUGAGUCCAGAAUAAAGGGAUAGUUCCCCCCAAACCUCUUUA